AAUAACUCUAAAUCACGCUCGUGGGUAAACAACGACAUGUGAGCUCUGACUGAAUUACAAAUGUCUUAAUCAACCAUGUCAGACAUGUUUUCCACCCCAGACAUGGGCCACUUAGGUAGCUCAGACUACAACCAUGUUUACGAGCCUGCCGAAGACUCCUUCCUCUUCCUGGAUGCCUUGGAGCAAGAACAUGAUUUCCUUGCUAAGCUGAGGCCAACAGUGUGCCUGGAGAUUGGAUCAGGAUCUGGAGUGUGCAUCACCUUCCUGGCCAGGAUGCUGGGCUCCUCCAGUGUGUACAUGAGCACCGACAUCAAUGUGAGGGCAGCCUGCAUCACGAGGGACACAGCGUAUAGGAACUCUGUCAUGGUGGAGCCUGUUGUUACAGAUCUGGUGAACUCCCUUGCAUCCCGCCUUGCUGGCUGCGUUGAUGUGUUGCUUUUCAACCCACCAUAUGUAGUCACCCCCAGUCAAGAGGUGGGCAGUAAAGGCAUUGAGGCAUCAUGGGCAGGAGGUAUCAGAGGCCGCGAGGUUGUGGACAGGUUAUUUCCCUUGAUUCCAUCAAUUUUGUCACCAGAGGGCGUCUUCUACCUCGUCAUUAUCAAGGAAAAUGAUCAAGAUGAAAUUGAGGAUAUCAUGAAGAAAAAUGGCUUCCAGAUGGUUGUCGUGAAAAGUCGUCAGUCUGGCCCUGAGUUCCUCUCGGUGCUGAAAUUCACAUGGCUUCCUUCAGUCACAUAACACAGGUUCCCCAUGUUGAAGCAAACAAUCAGUGUGUUCAGGACCUGGGAUAGAGGAUGUGCCUACAGCCUCCUGCAUUGGAGAUGCCACUUCAUGGUUCCCGCAGGAUUGACCUUCUGCUGAAGACAUAUAUAUGAGAAUCCCUGCACUUUGAGGACAAAGAAGAAUACAAAUAAAAUGAGCAGCAAAGCUGCAGUUAA